CACUUUUGAAUGCAGUGAUCUGAUCUCAGGAUCCUCCAUAUACGUGAAAAGCAUGGGGACCUGACCGUAAUCCCCAUGAAAUCCAGACCUUGUGUGACUUGUCUAGUCAAAGUGUGAGUUAUAUGACGCCAACCCUAGCGAAUCCGACAAAGAGAGAGAGGAGGAUGUGUGCCCCAGGACUGCGGCUGUCGUGGAACAGCCAUGACUCCCAGAUCAUUGGGAUCUUUGGGAAACUGUGGGAAUCUCGUGCCCUCUGUGAUGUGACCCUUGCGUGCCAAGGAGGCACCAUUCGGGCCCACAAGCUCAUUCUGUCUGCCUGCUCCCCCUAUUUCCAGGAACUUUUUGAGGAGAACCCAUGCCACCAUCCCACUGUGGUUCUGAAGGAUGUUUCAUACAGCCACCUUGUGGCCCUGCUGCACUUCAUUUACCGUGGUGAAGUGGAGGUGGAGCAGACAGAGCUGCAGGAGCUCAUCAUGGUAGCUGCCAGCCUUCGCAUCCGGGAACUCACCGAGAUUGCGUCUCAAAUAAACUUAGAGGAGUUCUCUUCUUCGAACUCGACCGCUCCUCCGGCAAAGCGUCUCAAGUCAGAAACUCCAACGGUGAUGGCUGCAAAUGGAGAGGCCAGUAGAGAUUCAACCACUGCAGAGGGUGAUGCCCAGGCAUUGAAGCGAGCAUCUGAGGAGGUGGAUCCCCUGGGAGAUGCAUCUGCUGAUGGAGAAGGGGAAGCUGGGGGUGGUGGGGAGACAUCAGUGCUGGGUCUUGCAUCAUCUGUCAUGCCCAGCAGCAGCAGCCAAGCCGAUGAAGAUGCUGCCGACAAGGACUCCACAGGGCCAAAGGUUUGGGUGGCUGCUACCACAGCUGUGGAUAGCACUACAACACCCUCCUCACAGGAUGAACCCUCAUCUCAGAAUGCUGACUCUGAGGAGAGGGACCAGCAGGCGCACCGUCCGCACAAGUGCCAGCUGUGCGGGAAGGGCUUCCGACUCCGUCAGUACCUUUCGGAGCACCUCAAGCGCCACCUGGCCCGGGAGUACACUGCCCUCCAACACAUGGAUCUCUGCCAGAGCCCCUUCCUUGAGAUGGCAGCACGUCAGCUCGAGAGCACAUCUGGAUCCACCGGCAGUGGGACAGGAGGAGGUGGAGGUGGGGGAAGUGGGAGUUCAGGUGGAGCAGGAGGGAGCCCUGCUGCACCACAGGAGGACCACUCUGAGACUCGACCGUUCCAAUGUCAUGUCUGCUUGAAGGCAUUCAAGCGUAAACAUCAUCUCACCGAUCACCUGCGGCUACAUACUGGCGAGAAGAAGUACCGGUGCCACUACUGCAGCGAGAGCUUCGUGGCAACGAGCGUGCGUGCACGGCACAUCACGAAGUGUCACUACCGACCGGAGAUUCCAGUGCCGGUGGUGGUCCAAGAAGACGGGUGAACCAAAGACUCCCUCUGGCCCACCUCUUCAUCCCUCUCUCUCAAUUCUCCCUUAGUCAUCAGUCUUGAACCCCUCCAAGAGGAGAGAAAUCUCUAGUCAUUGAGUCUGUGUACCCUUGAUAGACGAGUCUUUUUUUUUUUCAAGUUUUAUUUAUUUUGGUUCCAAGAGGAAGGAAAUUUUCCUCUAGCUGUGUUUUUGUUUGUUGGUGCUGGCUUCCAUCAAAUCUAGUCAGUGGAUUCUUGUCUCGAGGACUUCAUCAACAUUCCAAAGUGUACGAGGUUUUUCGUGUCUAGGUGUCGUGAGUGUGCGAGCAGGUGGGUUUUAAAAGUAGGCAGGUGGAUUUGCCUGACGUGAGGUCAUUCAUACCUCUCCUGAUGCCUGCAUGAAGUAUCGGAUAAAUUUUUAGUCAGAGCCUCUCGCUUUUUUUGUAACAAAUGAAAGUGAGAGUUUGAUCAGUUUCUAGGAAAGUACAAAGAAAGUUCACCUUCCCCUCCUGGGGUUUGCGAUGUUUGUCCUUGCCCGGUUUUUGUGAUUUUUGCCCCAUGUGAUUCGUGAGAUCAGCUAGUCAGUCGAUUCUUCGAGUUGCCAAAUUUUUCAGUGGUUUUCAUUUCUCAGUGCCAUGCAGUAAAUUAUGCGUAAUUUGUUGCAGCUGUCACGAUGUGAACUUGGACUGCCUGCAGAUGUUUUAUUUCGCAUGUACUGCUGAAAAUUCAAGGUUUUGCCACACCUGAUACGCCUGAUUUUCAAAUUCUUUAUUACGUUUCGAGUCCCGAUAGGGAAUCCGUUCCCAGUACUUUCUCGGUGUGAUAUUAAGUUAUUCGAUAAGUUAACGGAACGAGCGUGUGAAUACGGGAGAGUGAAACGCAGCUGAGCUGCUUGUCUGAAGUUCUUUCAGGUCUUGCAUAACGAAGUCCCCCGAUGCGGGAAAACAUUCCAAUUUCAACAUCCCUCUUCCUAUUGCAUGAGUGUUGCUUGUGCGCGUGGUGUGCAUGUCUCGUGUCGGACAGUCGAGGAAUAAAAACGUGUCUACCCU